CCGGAUCUUAUGGAAUGAAGUUCUGCUUUGUUGCAUGCAUCAUUCUGUGGAAGCGGGCGACAUCCUGUGUUGACUAGUCCUUCAUUGAGCUGAGCCCAGCUCAGCUCAGCCUUGUCAAUGGCCGGCGACUGAAUGUUGGCUCAGAUUUCGAAUUCGUUGAUUGCCUGAAGAUUGCUUUUGACUCAUGUACUGGUAUCUAUCCUUCCUUCGUCCUCCGCCAAAGAGCGUCUCAGUCACAGAAGACUGCAUUCAGAUAACUCCUCAGAUCGCAAAUGAUCUGCGAACAGAACUUCGAUAUGUGCCUACCGACAUAGGAUAUGUCUGGCAAAGGGUCCAACCGGCAUCAAGUCAAGAUGAUGCUCUCGAGCACUUGACGACCUGGACGCCUCCUCAAAGCACCUAUAAGACCCUUUCGGUUCCACUCCCCACCGACGUCAAGCCUGGACAAUCAUGGCGUUUGGGUUUAGAGACCAUGAAUCCAGAUGGACCGAAUGUCCCUUCAUUGGCGUCUUUCGCCUGCCCAAAUCCCCCCAUCGUGCCUGUGUGGAGUGCUCCCAUACAGUUCAUUCAAGGCGCUGCUCCGGCCGUCAAACAGGAUCGCAUACAGCGAGAGUGGAUGAUCGCAGAAGACACUCUCAGAGUAAUUGAACAGACUUCAUUCGAUUUGGACAAGAAAAUCUGGGACUCUGGUCUCGCACUAUCCGCAUGGCUUUGGUAUCACCUCAUCGACCAUGCUGACAGACUUCCCAACGAUGAUGGCGAAAAACUCCUUUCUCGUCUGAGAGAUCCAGAGGAUCGGACAAUCCUCGAGCUAGGCGGAGGUACCGGCUUGGUCUCACACGUACUCAGACAAGCUUUUGACAAGCUCGGCUGUCCGAUCGUGACCACUGAUCUGGACACUGCCAUACCUCUGAUGGAGGAGAACAUCGCCUUGAACAGGACGCGUGGACAGGGACCGAUAAAGGCGCAGAUACUGAACUGGGAUGAACCUCUCCCUUCGUUGCAGGAUCCCUGGCCAAGCAUUAUCAUCGCCGCCGAUGUGACGUAUAAUACCGCCUCGUUCCCGUCGUUGUUGAGGACCCUUUGCAGCCUGAUGAAACCGACUUCCGCCGUCGAAGCGCCGAUGCUCCUGCUGGCGUACAAGGAGCGAGAUCCAGGAGAGCGAGAGCUGUGGGAAAUGUUGCGCAAGGAGGGCAUACGAAUGACCAAUGUGGACGUCAUUCAAGGUGCCGAGGAGGAGGGCGUUGUAGAGCUAUGGGUGGGGUCAGUCGAAUCACCAUGAAUCCCGUCCAAAUAUGUAGAGAUAGUUUCAUCGAGAGCCUCACGGGGUACGCCGGAUCGUAAAAAUGCGCUGGGGAAUGCAUUUCAGCUAUAGCACA